UGCGGCUUGGUUUGGUGCUUUCCCCUGCAGACCCUGUGGAGAGCACCGGGGGAAAGCCUUUUGUGUGAGCCCCAACCCCGACCCUCUCCUUUGUUCUCUCCUGGGAAGGGCUCCGCAGCUCCUCCUCACCCUCCUUUAACCUGGAGCUCAGGAGAGGAGCUCUGAGGUCUCCCCUCCUCGCUGACCCCUCGCAGCCAUUCCUUGGGCUCCUGGGAGGGAUUUGGCUUUAAUAAACCACCCCUUAGGCUCAGCUCUCUCUUUCCUCAGCCCAAAACUUAUCCCCUGGAGUCACACCAGCAAGCUGGGGUCACUUGGCCAGGUGGAGACCUCUGCCCUGCUGGUCAUCAAAACCAGAGCAUGGGUUCACUGUGCUUUUGUCACCCGUGGGCAAGCUUUGGCAUCAGAGUGGGGCCUGGGGUGGCUUCCCCAGCCGAGGAUGGGUGCAGAGGGUCCCAUGUGGGGUGUAAAUCCAGCCUAAGCUGGUCUGAAUAUCCUCCUGAAAGCCUGAACCCAGCCAAGCCAGGAGGUUUUCUGCCAGCUCCAAGGGUGGAAGCUACCUGCUGGGUUUGGGUUUGUGCCCUGCUUGGGGAUGCCAGCGUUGGGAUGCCACAGCUUGUAACCAGGCCUGGGUUUAGGGCACAAGCAGGUGGGGGAUGAUGAGUAAAGUCCCACCAAGGGGUGGCUGUGGUGGCAGCUUGAGUGAUGCCAGGCUGGGCACUGGGGUGUAGCAGGGAGCAGCAGGAGCUGGGGAUGCUGAACCACGCUGGGCACCAUUGAAAGUAAAAGAACAACCCAGUUUGUGCCCACAUCCGCGGUGCAGGAGGAAGCAGAAGGAGCAAACAAGCAGGAGAGGUGGCUUGGAGAGAUCCCCAUGUGCUUGACCUGGCUCAGCACCAGCCCUGUUCCCUCCCCCCUGGCCGCUAAGCUGCUGGGUCUGUGCCAGCAUCUCUGCCCGGGCUCCUUUGGCACCGUUCGCCUGACCGUCACGUGCGGCGGGAGGGUGAGUGGGCAGUGCCAGCGUGCCCUGUGCCCACGCAGCCCCCUGCGCCGCCAGCGCUGCCAGCCGGCCUGGGCGGGGACGGGACACCGGAGGGCAGCCUCGGGGUGGAUGCUGGAGGAGACAGCAGAGUGCAGCCUCGGGGUGGAUGCUGAAGGAGGCAGCGGAGUGCAGGCACAGGGUGGAAGACAGCAGCAGGCUGCUGGGCAGCCAGCGGCCAGGCUACGGGACCCUACAGCCGGACACCGACAAGUCCCACAUGGAGGUCACAGGCUACCAGACCAAGGCGUGGAGAGUGGCCCUGUGCCACACCUGCUCCGUGCUGACAGCAGGGCUGCUCCUUGUCCUCUUCCACUGGAAGCCAAGCCUGGAGGUGCAGGCGAAGUGCAAGCCCUGUGCCCUUGGCCAGGCCGACUGGGUCAUCAUCAGAGACCGCUUUGGGCAGUGCUUCACCAGCCGUGUGCGCAGCGAGCCGCUGGGCGAGGCCAGCCUGGAGCAUCACCCCGGGGCCAGGCUGGAGGAGCAGAGGAGCAGCAUCGCCAUGGGAGUGUCGGAAGCGGAGGGCAGCCUGGACACCAUCCGGCUGCACCAGAAGGAGGAGAAGAACACCCUGCGCUACUACCUGUUCGAGGGCAUGCGCUACGUCUGGAUGGAGCAGCGCCAGGCUUACUGCAAAGUCAGCGCCUUGGAUGAGGGUUGGACCUGCGCAGAUCUCCAUCUCUCCCAGGCUGGGCUUGACCAGCAAGACCACACCACCAGGAGGAAGAUCUAUGGCCCCAACCUCAUCGAGGUGCCAGUCAAGUCCUACGCCAGGCUGCUGGUGGAGGAGGUCCUCAACCCCUUCUACAUCUUCCAAGUGUUCAGCAUGGUGCUGUGGGUCUGUGAUGCUUAUUACUACUACGCUGCCUGCAUCUUCCUCAUCUCCACCAUCUCCUUAGGGCUGUCCCUCUACGAGACCAGGAAGCAAUCCAGCACACUGCAGAAGAUGGCCAAGAUGGCAGUGGGUGUCCGAGUGCAUCGGCCCAGGGGAGAGGAGGUGGUGGUGAGCUCUGUGGACCUGGUGCCAGGAGACUGCAUCAGCCUGCCCACGGAUGGCACCCUGGUGCCCUGCGACGCUGCGCUGCUGAGCGGGGAGUGCAUGGUCAACGAGAGCAUGCUGACAGGGGAGAGUGUGCCAGUGAUGAAGACUCCUCUCCCUGCUGGCAGCCAGGCAGCCAGCUCCAUCUACUCCCCUGAGGAGCACAAGAAGCACACCUUGUUCUGUGGCACCCAGGUCAUCCAAGCCAAGGCCUACGUGGGAGGAGAAGUGCUGGCAGUGGUGACCCGCACGGGAUUUUGCACUGCCAAAGGGGAUCUCAUUAGCUCCAUCCUCUACCCCAAGCCUGUGAGCUUCAAGUUCUACAAGGAUGCAGUGAAGUUCGUCCUGUUUCUGGCUGUCUUGGCUUUCAUUGGCACUCUCUACAGCAUCCUUGUCUUGGUCAGGAAUCAGGUCCCCGUGGGGCAAAUCAUCAUCCGUGCCCUCGACCUCAUCACUGUCAUCGUGCCCCCAGCUCUGCCAGCUGCCAUGACAGUGGGCACCAUCUAUGCCCAGAACAGGCUGAAGAAGCAGGGCAUCUUCUGCAUCAGCCCUCCCCGCAUCAACCUCUGCGGCAAGGUCCACCUGGUUUGCUUCGACAAGACAGGGACCCUGACCGAGGAAGGCCUGGAUGUCUGGGGGGUGGUGCCCCUGCAGGACCACCGCUUCCUGCCCAUCGUCCGGGAGCCUCGCUGCCUGCCCGCCGGGCCCCUGCUCUGCUGCCUGGCCACCUGCCACACGGUGGCGCUGCUGCGGGCACAGCCCGUCGGGGACCCUGUGGACCUCAAGAUGAUGGAGUCCACUGGCUGGCACCUGGAGAUGCUGGAGGAGGAGGAAGGUGAUCUGCCUGCCCUGCAGCAGUUUGGGACGAAGGUCCUGGCUGUGAUGAAACCUCCACCUGAAGCAGAACAGCCACGAGACAGGAAGCACCAGGUGCCCGUGGGCAUCCUCCGGCGGUUCCCCUUCUCCUCCUCCCUGCAGAGGAUGAGUGUCCUGGCGAAGCUGCCUGGUGAAGCCCCAGCCCAUGUCUACGUCAAGGGGGCACCAGAGGUGGUGGCCAGCCUGUGUGUGAAGGAAACAGUGCCCCUGGACUUCUCCCAGGUGCUGCAGCACUACACCUCCGACGGCUUCCGCGUCUUGGGGCUGGGCUGCAAAGCCCUGAGCACUGUCACCACCUUCGAGGAGGCUCUGCAGCUCCCCAGGGACUCUGUGGAGAUAAACCUGACCUUCCUGGGCUUCCUUGUCAUGAAAAAUGUCCUCAAGCCAGAGUCUGCUCCUGUGAUUGGCCUCCUGAGGAACGCCAACAUCCGCCCUGUCAUGGUGACAGGUGACCCUAUGGAGGGGGACAGGGACACAAGGCCUGGGGAAGGGGCAGGGCACUGAGCAAGGGCUGAAGGGUGUCUCCACCAGAGUUUGGUGGCUUGGGGCAGCUGUGGGGCAUGGCAUGGACUGUGUGCAGUUCUGGAGCUUCCCAACACAAGCAGGACAUGGAAGGGUUGGAGCCAGCGCAGAGGAGGCCACCAAGAUGCUGAGAGGGCUGCAGCAGCUCUGCUCUGAGCACAGGCUGAGAGAGUUGG